AUGUCAACAGUCAACUCAUUCAUUUCCCAUACUGACCAUCUACCGUCAGAUAUAAUCAGAUCACUUUGGCUCCUACAGUCGAUCAAUGUGUCUCUUGAUAAGAAUCAUGAGAUUUUAGGAUCACUUCAAAAACAGCUACAAGAAUCAAAGAUCACCUUGGAUGAUUUCAAAUCUGAGUAUAGUAAGAUAAGUGAAAAAUUGAAUCUGUUAGCUGAUGAGUCUAUUGAAGAGUCUAAAGCAUUGAAUAAUCAAUUGAUCAUAUAUAAUGUUUCGUUGGAUGGCGAGAUCGGAAGAUUGAAUCAUUGGAAUUCUAAGAAAACACGAGAUUCUGUGGAGUUCAAGAAUCUCCGAGAUAAAUUGAAAGUCCAUUACAAAGAGAAUCCAUUGACCUCCCAAAGAGAAGCAUUGAUUGAAAAGCAAAGAUAUGAUGAAAACGAAAAGUUGAUCAUCAGAAUACCCAGUACCAAACUGAUCAAAAAGUCACCAAAAUCAAAGAAAUUCACGUCAAAGCAUAAAUUGAAAAAGAUCACAACUCCCACAAAACAAAGAUCGCAUAGAAUCAAACCAAAUGUGGAAGAAAUCCAAAAACUGGACAUGUUAACCCCACCCCCAGAGCCAGUAUUUAUUGCACCUCAAGCUGACGAAGAGAAAUAUUGUUUCUGCAAACAAGGAUCGUUUGGAGAUAUGAUAGGAUGUGAUAACGAGAAGAGUUGUCCAAAUGGAGAUUGGUUUCACUACAAGUGUGUUGGAUUGACCAAAGUUGAGGGAUUGAAGUAUGCUUCUGGAGGUUCUAAAUGGUUUUGUAGUGAUCACUGUAGAGAGGUUGUAGAGAAUCGUAAUAAGAAGAAGAGGAAAAAGAGAUGGUAA